AUGGUCAAGAACUUUGCUAACAGAAGAGUUUCAGAUUGCAAAAAAGAUAUUUUCGUUCUUUGGAACAAUUAUAAUUUUGUUGGCUUAAAUCCACACGUGAAAAGAUUCUUGAAGAAUUUUAUCAGAAAUAAGAAACUGGGCGUGGAGGAACAUGGAACACAUCUUGGUUUCAUUAGCUUCUCAAGCUACAACACAGGAAGAGAAUUAUUGAAAAUCGGGGAGCUUAGGAAUAAAACAGAAUUGAUAAAGUGGUUGGAUAGUUUUGAAAAUAGCACUGAUCCGAGCAGAAAUACGACCAUCAUAAGAAAAUCAUAUGAACUCGAGCACGUAAAUAAUGUGUUCAACAACGGCAGUAUCAACAAAACUUCCCGUCCUAACGUGGAUGACGUCAUUUUGUUGCUAUUAUUGAGCAACGGAACGGACGCUAGGGUGGAAAAUCAAAGCAGAUUUAAAGAUGAGUUUAUGACAACAAUAAAGGAAAAUGUCACCAUUAUUGCCUUAGUUGGAAGCAUUGGAGACGAGAUAAAAGACUUGAAACUUCACAUCAAGCGUCGGUCGUCACCACAGCUAGUGUUUAACUCAGUACUCUCGGACAAUUUUGACAAUGUUGUGCAUAAAAUUGUCGAUGCUUUGUGCACACAUUCAGAAGGAUGUGGGUGCAUAAGUGAACAGGAGUUCAUUGCAUAUUCUAAACCAGGAGCCCUCACUGGAUUGGUUAAUUGGACAAUACCCGAAGUCACAUGUUCUGAUUACAAAAGGGGCCAGGUUGAUCCACCUGAUCUCACACCUCCUGCAAAUUUCUCAGUGGGCAAGCACGUGAUUACCUACCCGUACUCGUAUAAACGUGGUGGCAAAAUUGUUCAAUUUAAAUGUUUUGUCAACUUUACUGUUGUUCCCUGUGAAUGUCCAUGUCCGCAAACAGUGGAAAAAAUUGUAGCCGUUUCGGGAAGGGCCUUUGUCAGUUGGGUAGAACCUAAACCGAAUUGCCCAACCAUACAAAGUUCGGGUAAUCCGAUCACAACCAAUGGAUAUUUUGGUGUUGGAAAUUACACACAGAACUACAGCUAUACGUACAGCAACGAGAUUCAAUCAUUUGUUAUUGAAUGUCAUGUAACAAUUGUAGUAGUAACUAAAGAUCUAUCAAUCCGAUUAAAAGGGCCAUCAAGUUCAAAUGGUAUUGGUCGUGUGGAGAUAUUCUAUAACGGAAAAUGGGGAACAAUCUGUGAUGACCAAUGGGAUAUCAAGGAUGCUCAAGUUGUGUGUCGUCAACUGGGUUAUCAGGAAGUCUUUGCGUCUCUUCAAGGAAAACUUGUUCCUUCUGGUUCAGGGCAGAUAUGGUUAGACAAUGUUCGUUGUUCUGGGAAUGAGCAAAAUCUGGCCAGUUGUUCCCAUAGAGGCUGGGGAGUCCACAACUGUCGUCAUUCUGAAGAUGCUGGAGUGAACUGCUUUGGUCCAUCAAUCCGGUUAAAAGGACCUUCAAGUUCAAAUGGUGUUGGUCGUGUGGAGAUAUUUUAUAGCGGAAAAUGGGGAACAGUCUGUGAUGACCAAUGGGAUAUCAAUGAUGCUCAAGUUGUGUGUCGUCAACUUGGUUAUCAGAAAGCCUUUAUGGCCCUUCAGGGAAAUCUUGUUCCUUCUGGUUCAGGGCAGAUAUGGUUAGACGAUGUUCAUUGUUCUGGGAAUGAGCAAAAUCUGGCCAAUUGUUCCCAUAGAGGCUGGGGAGUCCAUGACUGUCGUCAUUCUGAAGAUGCUGGAGUGAAGUGUGGUAAUUGGCAUUUACAUUUUUGCAACCAAAUCUUAUCAAUCAGCUUCCUUCAAUCUUCAGCCUUGUACCCAGGGCUUUAG